AUGGCGGCAGCCUACAAAAAAAGAAGAUCUCUUCCUAAGGACUUUGUAUCUUUAAUCUUCAACAAAGAGCAAAUUACAUUGUCGGACUGCAUUCCUGUAUUUGCCGAACUGGAACGCAAUCCUGAGUCCCUAUCCCGUUUGUUCUCUGACGAAGAAAACCUUUUGCAGCUUCUAUCCAACUUCAAUCACUAUGCCUCAAGAAUCUCAAGGUUUUUCAUAAUGUUCAAAAAGCAUUCAGUGAACCAUCCAGUGAGUGCAACACAUCAGAAGCCCUGGUUAGGGUCCACUUUUUCAAAUGAGCUCACUGAGCGCAUUCUUCUCCAAUUGCUCAGUGAUAGUUUUAGCCAGUUUAUGUUAUCAAAUAAUUUCCUAGACGCAUUCGGUGCUGUUCUAGAGUGCUGCCUCCCGCACAGCCCUCGAUCAUUUGAGAAGCUAGCCGAGCGAUUAUUCAAAGAAAAGCUUGUUUUUAAAGCGUUGAUAUCGGGGAAGACAACUGGUGGAAUCAUGAAGCAAUGGGUUGUAGUGCUCACCAAGGUGAUCCACGAUUACCAGGCUCUCAGUGCAUGGACAAGGACGAUAAUUGAGCAAUGCGACUCUUGUAUGGGGAACCAUGAUAUUGAUGAGCCAAAGAGCCGCUGGCAGGCACUGGAUAGUCUCCUUCCACAGUUGAUUCGGGCUCUCAGAAACAAACCACAAGGAACGUCAAACAUGCCAUGGCAAAUACGGCUCGAUCCGGGUCUGAUCUUUGAAUUGCAGCGCUUUGGAAUCUCACCGCCUGCUUCUCAGCGUGCUCUGGAAGACGCUAUCUUCACAUUGGAGAGGGAUGAAGCAGUGCGAAUGUUAAAGGCUGUCAGCGGGUCGUUUCCUUGCCGAUAUUGUUACAAAUCCUCUACGGGUGGAGAAGUGGCGGAACUUGAACUGGAGCAGCGAGAAACGUGUCUUAGCCUUGACAUUGGACACUUUUCGGAUCUUCUUGGGUCUGGGAUAGGUAUGUGGCGAGUCCUAGCCUCUGGGGAGGCCUUGGAGGAUAUGCAGCAGGCAUAUCAAAAAGGUUUGUUUGGCGUGGUCGAGCGUGUCAUUACCCAGCUGGCCUCCGGUAGAUGGGAGGAUCCUCCGAUUCGCGAACCGCUGGGGGGAGUGAAUAGUUGUUUGUAUCUGGCACGGUAUGGACAAGAUAAAAAGAGUGGUAUACUAUGGCAAUUGGACGUUGAGUUUGAUGAAGCUGCGGAAGCAUUAUUGCAACUGGUCAGAAUUUGGAGGAUAGGAGAAGUUGGAACGAUUGAGCAAGCCGAACCUCAUAUCCGUCUGAUACACAAAACAUUUUCCGAAGUCCGCCUCGACGCACAGAAGCAGUUCUCAGUGGAUCAAGCUAGCAGAAUAGCAUAUCCGAACUAUUACGGAAAAGACAGUGAUACCUUGACAGGAACCCUUGAGCUCGACGACAAAUCCCAAAAACAGCUCGGUGAGAGCCUUCUGAGAUUUAACAGGUUUUACAGCGUUACCCAAACUACAUUCAGCAAUGUCCGCGCUGGGAAUAUCACCGCACAAUAUCCUCUGAGUCUUGCCCAAGAAGAACUGACAAUUGUCAAGGAUACCUUGAACUCAACGCUGAUCCAGGGCAGGAGUGGCACGGGCAAGACAACCUGCCUUGUGUAUAAGUUGUUUGGGCGUUAUCUUACUUCAAAGAAUCUUGAUGCUAGGAGUUCGCCCCGCCAGGUAUUACUCACGCGGUCCCACGUCCUUUCGAACAAACUGAAGGACUACACCAAACGGUUGAUUGCGACUCAUGAUUUAAAACCUGAUCCUACUGAGGGAGGGAGUGAUAUGCUCAGCUAUAUGCUUGGUGACGACGAGAGAGAGGUCAACCACACAAUCUUUACAAUGCUUGCAGAUGAUUUCCCUCUAAUUUGUACAUUCAACUAUUUUCUCAAGCUCUUGGAAAAUACUCUGAGGGCUUCAGAUAGACAAGACUUCUCAUUUCAUCCCAGCGCAGGCGGCCCGGUGCGUGAUGUUCUUUCCAAGAAAGCGCCCGGCCGUAGGGGUCUAUACAGAAAAAGCCAGGUAGUCGACUUUGAAGUCUUUAGCGAACAAUAUUGGGGACAGUUCUCAGCCAAGUUGACAAGCGGAGUAUCACCUACGCUGGCGUUUAUGGAGAUCAUAGGCGUCAUAAAGGGCUCUGCAUGUCAUUCAAUAGACUUUCAGCCCCUAACACGCGAGAAAUAUCUCCAAGAGGGACAUAGGAUUUCACCAAUAGAAGUUGAUAGAGAUCUGAUAUACAAUAUCUACGAACGCUAUGAGAAGGUCAAAAGGGAUCAUGGAGACAUUGACGAUAUUGACCGGGCGAGGGAUGUUCUUAAAGGAAUGGCUAAAAACCGCGAUGUCAGGAAUAGGAUCGAAAAAGCGUUUGAUGAGAUUUAUAUCGAUGAAAUUCAAGACCAAAAGCUCCUCGAGAUUAUGAUGUUGUUACAUUUGGUCAAGCGUCCUAACGCCGCCCACUUUGCCGGCGACACCGCACAGUCGAUCUCAAAAGAUUCCGUCUUUCGUUUUGAAAAUGUCAAAGAUCUUCUCUAUGCGCGCUUUUCCUCUGGAAAGAAAAUCACACCACAUGUGCACAAACUAUAUAAAAACUACCGCACACAUCAGGGCAUUCUCAACCUUGCAACCUCAGUCAUGAGGUUAUUGUAUAAUAAUUUUCCGAACAUGGUGGAUCGUAUGAAGGACGAAGAAGGACAGUUUUCUGGGCCGAAGCCAGUAAUGUUCGUUGGCGUUGGCUCUAAUGUUCUCUCGAGGAAUAUGUUCGGUGCUACUAAUCUAGCUGCAGACUCCGCUCAGUUCGGCGCAGACCAGGUCAUAAUUGUUCGGGACAAGGCUCAGCAAGACAGUGUACGCAAGGAGAUUGGUGAUUUUGCUUUGGUAUUGACGGUUCUUGAGAGUAAGGGAAUGGAGUUUGAGGACGUGCUGCUGUUGGACUUCUUUAGCACGAGUAAAUGUUCAUCUGCGUGGCGUGCUGCUCAAUCGCGAUCCGAAGACUUUAAUUCGAUCAAACACCUGGCGUUCUGCUCAGAGUUGAAACAACUUUACGUUGCAAUAACUAGGGCACAGUACAGACUGUGGUUCUUCGAAAGUGACUCAGCUAGUGCGAAGGAUAUACUUACACUCUGGGCACCCGACGUUGAAGUAGUUCAAAACAAUGAUAAUAAUAAACAUGACAAGCUAGCACAACUACAUCCGGGAAAGAAUGCGAACCCGGAAAUAUGGUCACGCAGGGGAUACCAAUUUAUCGAGAACAAGAACUAUGAAAGCGCGCUCCUAUGUUUUAGGCGAGCAAAUGACAGCAAUGGUGAUAAAUUAACAAGGGCAUUAAUUGUUGAGAGAAAGGCAAAGUCACAUUUAGUCCGCGGGGAUGAAGAUAUAUCCGAGGAACAUUUCCGGGAGGCAGCAAGGUUGUUUCAGGAGUGCGGGCAAGCACUUCGUGAGGCCAGCUGUUAUGAAGCACUGGGGGAGUUUGAACAUGCAGGUGAUAUUUUUGCAACACAUCGGGAAUUUUUGCGAGCUGCCGAUCUAUAUAUCAGAGCUGGGCUAUUUGAGAAGGGUGCAGACACUUUUGCCCUCGCCGGACAUCAUAAUGAUGGUGCUGCAAUUCUGGCGGGAGAGCAGAGAUUUGACAGUCUGGUCAAAUAUCUGGACAAGCACAGAAGGAACCUAAGCGCCGCAUACCAGCGCCAUUAUUCGAGGCUUUGUAUUCUGCUUGUCAGACGUGGCAAGAUAUCAACUGAGCUAAGAGAACUCGCUGCCUCCACGCUCAAUGACCUAGAAAAAGAAGAGUUCUUUAGAGAAUAUGAAAUGAAUGAGCAAUUGUUAAAGCUCUUGGUCAUGCAAUGUCGAUUCACUGAUGCCUGUAGUCAUGCAGUUGCAUUAGGGAACCUCGCAGAGGCUUGGAGAAUAGAUGGAGAAUUUCGAGGGAUGGCGCAACUUCCAAGAGAGGACAGGAUUCAAGUAUACAAUUAUGUACAAGUCAAAGCCUUACACGACAGCCUUUCAACACACGACAGCCUUUCAGCACGCGCGAACCAACCUUUCGUAGCGAAUUAUACAGAACCUCCACACCGCCAUUGGUUGUCAGACACCCCAUCCAUAGAAGUGUUCUGGAGAGAUUUGCCUCAACAACUUGACGGGUUUUGGAGACAUCAGAUGACCUAUGAGAGCCUCGUUUUUGCUGAACAAUGGAUGAAGGAGGUAGCCCUUAGAGCUCAUGAAUUCAUUCGCUCGGCAAAUUCCCUCACUGACUUACCAGUGGAGUCAAUAGCUACAGCAGUCAGCGUAACAAAAGAACUAGUGCUGAAUUCGAAUAUUCCGAUAAGUCUUUUCACUCUCUUGGGGGUCAUUCCUUGCCGCAAGCAAGCCGAUAUAUUGAUAGUUCUUCAACAAUCGCUGUUAAAUGACGACAACAGCAGCCUCGUUGGCCAGAAACCCAGAGUUGUAGUAACACAAGCUAUUGCCAAGUUGAUAAUUAACUGCGUAUGCAGGGCAGUGACCGAGUUGUGUGAAGCUUCGAAAGACUUUCUUUAUAGCAGUACACCAUGUCUUACCUUCCAAUACAGAGGAUUCCACAACCGUCCCGGGUGCGAGAUGCUUCAUAGAGAUCCUAUGAAGGAAUCAGAAUAUCUAGCUAAAACAAAGUAUUUACUCCGUAUGGCCUCUGCUAUUCGCAGCCUUUUGCCUUUGUAUCGGCGUGGGUUCAACAACCUCGCCCCUCCAUCAUUUAAGAGUGAAUAUCUUGGAAACUUGCGAUGGGCUAUGGAACUUCUAUUGGCCCAAAUAACAUACAUAUCAGCGGUAGAACAGGCGCCGGAGAUAUUGAAGGCAGUAUGGGAGGAAAUCGCAGAACCAAAUAGCGUCUAUGCAGGUGUUUUCGGAGGGCUAGAUGAUUUACUAUUCCAUCGUCUUAAAAAAGAUAUGAAUACGAUAUGCGACCUCUCUUCGAUGCUUGAACAGCUUCAGAUCGCCCAAAACCUCGACUCGCGCGCAAAUUACGAGCGCAGUCUUUCUAGCUCCGUUUGCAGAGAUCUAAAGGCUGAGAGGUGUUGGCGGACUUUGAAAACAAUCACUCAGAGUCAGAACCGCUCAGGCAUAGGACAAGAAUCAAUCAGUGCUCUAGAUAAAAUUAUAAGAGACGCAGAUUCAAUUGAUCUCCACGUAUAUCACUCGGUUAUCGCCCUGUAUGAGAAGUGGGCGACAUAUCUGAUAUACCAAAGUAACCCCGGCGAUAUGAUGUUACCUCGAGCCUGGGUGUCACUGUACAGGCAAAUGCUAACGCGAACUGGAACACCAAACCCAGCUUCUAUUGAUUCCCGGCGUCAAAACCUACUCUCACUCGUUGAAAGCUUCUGUCGCCUAGUACAGAAAAUCAACAAUGACGAGGAGCCCUUUCAGCAUAAGAUUACAGGGAGAAUCAGAGCUAAGGGGCAGGGCAUACACAUUUUCGCUCGCCGCAAUGUUCAUUUCCUUAGUACUUGCGUUUUGAAUACCCGCUCAUGGGAGACCCCCUUCAAUAGCUAUCUACAGUCUAGACUCGCUCAAGUUGGCAUUCUAGUCAAUCAGACAAUCAGCCUUCCAUUCGCUAUGGCAUUCUGGUUCAGGGACCGAGCAUCAUUUAGCAACUUUUACCGCGCUUACAUAGAUUCCUUUAAUAUCUACAGCGGAAAAGACGCGCCCCUAAUUAUCACAGAUACGAAAAAUGCCUCAACAUUAUUCUCUACUUCCCACCCCGCAGUUUCGAGGAAGUCGUUGAUAGAGUUGAGCUCCCCUGUUGUUUUGGGACAGACCGCCACCGAGAAACCAGACUAUGAUGAUACUAUGCAUCUCCUGAAAGACUAUUGCAACUUUGAGCCAGCGGUUAUAACAAUCCAGACAAUCUGGAGGUCCCGCUAUCCAAUCAUUAAAGCGCGGCGAGCAUUCUUUAGCACAUCUGAAGGUGUAGCCUUGAGAUUUAUCGAGAGGAUCUGCGGAGAGAGUGUGGACAUUUCUGUUAUGAGCGUAGCAGAGCGAGUGCGCGUUCGGUCUUUGUUGUUCACCGUUGGGCUCCAGCUUCACCUCUUGAGCGAAAAGGUCGACAGGAUAUACAAGGAGUCUAGGGAUAAGGCCAAGGGUAUGAUGAAUGAGGGGGAAAUGUCGAGUAUCGAGCGUGCCCAAACCUUGUUCGAGGGGCUAUUGGACUUGCAGGAGAGAAUUGCGGAGAACAUCAACUUCUUUUCCGAAAAGAACUUACAUUCGCUCCACCAAAUCGAUUCCGGGCAGUUGGAAAAGAGAAUCCAGGAGGUGUAUAAACCUCUCCCGGAGGUGUAUAAGCGUCUACUUCGUAUCGAGUUCUCUUUGGACCUGCUUAACCCGGAAACACGAAGGCCAGCUGCUGCCAUCGCCAUUCAACGUGCUUUUAGAGCACAGAGGCACCUACUUAAACAGCGUCGAGACUUCCGGGCAACCGAGAUGGGAAAGACGAUUGCAUAUGUUAAACGCAUUGUUGUGGCCCUCAGCAUCCGUGACCCUCUCGACCGCAUUGGAGAGAUCCAAAGAGCCUGGGUUCUCUUUAAUCACGUGGCGCAGCUGAUCCAAAAGCUCAAACAAAUUGAAACAAACUACAAGAAAGCUAAAAGAGCCGUCAGAUCCCGAAUAAACUGGGCCAGUUCAGAGGAGAAACAUAGUGCGCGUAUUCUCGCAUCCCAACUCCAUAAUAUCCGGGAGACUGUACGGAAAGAAGCAUCGUUCCUAUCGGAGGAUAACUGGAUGCAACUGAAUAUUCCGAGCGUUGAGCUGGAGGAAAAAUGCACGGAAACGUGGCGGGUGAUGAGGACUGUGGAGCAUAAUUUGUUUCGCAUCAUGGGUUAG